AUGGGGUCCCUCGUGGCCAAACUGCUCCUGCCUACCCUCAGCAGCCUGGCCUUUCUGCCCCCGGUCAGCAUCGCUGCCAAGAGGCGCUUCCACAUGGAAGCCAUGGUCUACGUGUUCACCAUGUUCUUCGUGGCGUUCUACCACGCCUGCAGCGGCCCAGGCCUCUCCAUGCUCUGCUUUCUCCGCCACGACAUCUUGGAAUACUUCAGUGUUUACGGGACAGCCCUGAGCAUGUGGGUCUCCCUGAUGGCUCUGGCUGACUUCGAUGAGCCUCAGAGGUCAACACUGGUGAUGUUCGGUGUGCUGACCAUCGCGGUCAGGACCUACCACGACCACCAGGGUUACGGGGUGUACUCGGGCCCCAUCGGCACGGCCGUCCUCAUCAUCACCGUGAAGUGGCUACAGAAGAUGAAGGAGAAGAAGGGUCUGUACCCUGACAAGAGUGUCUACACCCAGCAGAUAGGCCCCGGCCUCUGUUUUGGGGCCUUGGCCCUGAUGUUGCGUUUCUUCUUCGAGGACUGGGACUACACCUACGUGCACAGCUUCUACCACUGUGCUCUGGCCAUGGCCUUUGUCUUGCUGCUGCCCAAGGUCAACAAGAAGGCUGGGAACGCCGGGGCCCCAGCCAAGCUGAACUUCUCCACCCUUUGUUGUGCUUGUGUCUGA